AUGGUUUUUUCGUACCAAAAGGCCAAGCAAAAAAUAAGGCCAAUGAAUGGACCCCGUGGUCGCUGUGAUUUGCCGGUUCUAGGCAACUCGCGACGUGGUGGCCGUCCAUUUCAGACGUCGGCCUUGGACGAGUUUGGGUCAAUGAUUGAAGGCUGGAGCAUCAAGCUCAAAGAAUGGCUCAUGACGAGCUCCAACGUCGCCUUGAGCGAAAGUUUGCACUCCCGAUGCCCGGUCUACUUUAGGUCCUCCGCCCUCUCGAGCCACACAGCGUUCAUGUCCUGUGCGGCUGAAUUCGGUCCCAUGCUCCCAAGCGCCGCCGCCCCGAGGACUACCGAUUCUGCUGCUGUUGGUAAAACGACUGCCGCAGAGACUGGGUCGUUGGUAACUCCGGCUGUUGCGGCAACUCCCACGCCUACAACCCCUGGCGCUAGGGCUAGCUCAAGCGUAUCGACUGUUUUGGUUGUCGGUACUACGUUGGCGGGAGGCUUCCUCAUCCUCUAG